CACACGGCUCGUCGGAAGGUCCCGAGUUCGACGCAGGCAAUGGCGGAGCUUGGUGAGGCGGAUGAAGCGGAGUUGCAGCGCCUGGUGGCGGCCGAACAGCAGAAGGCGCAGUUCACUGCACAGGUGCAUCACUUCAUGGAGUUAUGUUGGGAUAAAUGUGUGGAGAAGCCAGGGAAUCGCCUAGACUCUCGCACUGAAAACUGUCUCUCUAGCUGUGUGGACCGCUUCAUUGACACUACUCUUGCUAUCACCAGUCGGUUUGCCCAGAUUGUACAGAAAGGAGGGCAGUAGGCCAUCCCAUGGGAGAAUGACUGAAGAAGCAAAGGACUUAUUAUUAAGCAGGUUGAAGGGCCAGCAGGGGAAGGUUGUCAACCCAUUGUCAGGUUAACUUCAGGCUAUUACCAAGCCUGUUGGUGCUAAAAAGUAAGAGAUCAAAUGUUCAAAAAGUGAAAUUUAUUUAUUGGGAAUUCAGAAAUUCCAUCUUGUAUCACAAUAAUUAUUCAAUAAAUGUGAAUUCUCCAA